AUGGCGGCCGCUGGUCGUCCGUUAUCCGCCCGUCGAUUCCUCAAGCCCCUCCUCUACUCCGCUGGCGCCCUCGCUGGUGUUGGCGGAACCCUCAUAUACGUCUCCUACCGCCCCAUCAACGUGCCUGGUUCACAAGGGGCCAUCGUUCCCACCCCGCGCACCGACGACGGGACCAUCAUUCCUCCCAAAUUCCCCUUGAUCAAGUCUCGAGCGGCGCAGAUCGCAGAUCUGAGAAAGAGCGGGGGCUUGGCUGGAGCAUCGUCGGAGACUCCUCUCACACAGCAGCUGAUCAACAGUCUAGACCGUUUAAGAGGCGCUACCAGCGAUGACCGGGAUCGAGACUUGCCCGCCGAUCAACAAGCCGGAGAGCCCUAUGAUCUCUUGGUCAUUGGUGGAGGCGCGACCGGCUCAGGCAUUGCCCUUGAUGCCGCCACUCGCGGGCUGAAGGUCGCUCUGGUCGAACGCGACGACUUCGCCGCCGGUACCAGCAGCAAAAGUACCAAGCUCGUCCACGGUGGUGUGCGGUACUUGGAGAAAGCCGUCUGGGAGCUCGACUACAAUCAAUAUGCUCUGGUCAAAGAAGCCCUGCGGGAGAGGAAGUACUUCCUCGACACUGCGCCUCAUCUCUCCAUGUGGCUGCCCAUCAUGAUUCCCCUGCAGAAAUGGUGGCAGGCCCCUUAUUUUUGGGCCGGCACCAAGUUCUAUGACUUUCUGGCUGGCAGCGAGGGGAUCGAGACAAGUUACUUUCUGACCAAAAGCAAGGCUCUGGACGCCUUUCCCAUGCUGAAAAAGGACAACCUGGUUGGUGCUUUAGUCUACUACGAUGGGGCACAUAACGACAGCAGAAUGAACAUAUCCAUCGCUGCAACCGCCGCCUUGUAUGGUGCGACUGUGGUAAACCAUAUGGAGAUCACCAGUUUGACCAAGGACGCGAGUGGCAGACUGGAUGGUGCUGUGGUGAAGGAUGUCAUUGCCGAGAAGAACGGCAAGCUGGCUGCACCCAUCACUAUCCGAGCAAAGGGGGUCAUCAAUGCCACUGGACCCUUCUGUGAUUCCAUUCGCAAGAUGGAUGAUCACAACGUCCAAGAGAUAGUUGCUCCGAGCUCUGGGGUACAUGUGGUCCUUCCCGGCUAUUACAGUCCUCAGAAGAACUCUAUGGGUCUGAUCGAUCCCGCAACCUCGGACGGGCGAGUUAUCUUCUUCCUUCCAUGGCAAGGGAACACCAUUGCUGGUACCACCGAUGCUCCUUGUGAUAUUACCCAACAACCAAUCGCUGGCGAAGACGAAAUAGGCUGGAUCUUGAACGAGAUCAAAGGUUACCUGUCCCCUGACAUAAAUGUCCGACGUGGAGAUGUCCUGGCUGCUUGGUCUGGCAUUCGUCCGCUUGUGAAAGACCCCAAAGCAAAGAACACCGAGUCACUGGUCCGAAAUCACUUGGUUACUGUGUCAGAAUCAGGCCUUUUGACAUGUGCUGGUGGCAAAUGGACCACGUAUCGUCAAAUGGCCGAAGACGCAGUGGAUGAAGCCAUUAAACAAUUCAAAUUACAGACCAAGCCCCUCACCUCGCCCACCAGAGUGAGUGGGACCGAAGCGAUCGACGACGCUGCACCACUGGACGGACUCUGCCAGACACACCAAGUCCGCUUGGUGGGCGCACACGGAUUUUCCAAAACUCUCUUCAUCAACCUUGUUCAACACUUUGGCAUCGAAACCGAAGUGGCCAAACACCUGGCUGAAGCUUAUGGGGAUCGGGCAUGGACCGUGGCAGCCUUGUCAAGCCCCACCAACGAAAGGUUUCCCGUCCGGGGAAAACGGAUAUCUGCCUUGUACCCCUUUGUGGAUGGGGAGGUCCGGUAUGCGGUCCGCCACGAGUUUGCCCAGCGGGCGGUCGAUGUUAUUGCACGACGGACGCGACUGGCAUUUUUGAACGCUCAAGCUGCCUUGGAAGCGUUGCCUACAGUGAUCGACCUGAUGGCUGAGGAACUCAAAUGGGACAACAAGAGGAAAGAAGUCGAAUGGAGAGAAAGCGUGGCCUUUUUGGCAUCGAUGGGUCUUCCCAAGAGCAAACUGGGCGUGUCGAGGAAGGAUGUGGAGAGCGGAAAGGUUGGUUUCACCGACGAGUAUGAACGAAAGCUUUACUCGAGAUACGAUGGUCCGGCGGACACCCUCGAGAGCGACUCGAAGCUGAUGCCCGGUCAGAACCCGGUUCUGGGCCAACAAUCCCCCGCGAACAAAUAA